UGGGAGGUUGUGGGAUUGUCUCCAGCUUGGUGGCUUGCGGCUGCCUGAUCUAACCUUGUACCGCAUUUCUAUUUCCCCAGGGAUGCGGCACGCCAUCUACGACAAGCUGGAAGACGACGGCUUGAUUGCGCCCGGCGUACGCGUGUCAGGGGACGACGUCAUCAUCGGCAAGACGGUGACUCUGCCCGAGAACGAAGAUGAGCUGGAGGGUACCAAUCGCCGUUACACCAAGAGAGACUGCAGCACUUUCCUGCGGACUAGCGAGACCGGGAUUGUUGAUCAGGUCAUGGUUACCUUGAACCAGGAAGGAUACAAGUUUUGUAAAAUUCGGGUGCGCUCUGUGAGAAUCCCGCAAAUCGGAGACAAAUUUGCCAGUAGGCACGGUCAGAAAGGUACCUGCGGUAUCCAGUAUAGGCAGGAGGUAAGAGCCUCACUUUGGGAUACUUUAGUGCUAUGA